AUGACGUCCUCGAAAUUUCAUUUUGUUGUUCUACUUCUCAUAAUUACUUUGAUUGUUAAUGUUCAAUCCACUCAAAUACUGGAUAAUUUAAGCGAUUGUGAAUUCAAAGGACCAUGUCAAAAGAAACAAGAUUGUUACGAUAGGUGUGCAGUGAACAAACCACCAUUUAAAACUGUUUUGUGUGAACCUUAUGGAAGCGCUCGUGUUUGUUGUUGUAUCUAA